AACUGAGCUGUGUAAAAAAAAACACGUAACGCAAAGUUCUCCAGUUCAUUGUCUGCAGAAGGAAUGGGUGCCACGUCAACAAAACAGCAAUCAUUUGAUGCAAUAGAUGGUGUUGAGGACACAAACAAGAACACGGAGCUGUUGCUUCAUAAAGGCGACAAGAAAUGUAAUGGAAAAAUAGAGAAGAAGGAAAACGUGAAGUCAGAAGAGACAGACUCAGACGAAGAAGUGGAAAUCAGCGAACUUCACGACAUUAGCGAAUACUGCAAACCUCUUCUACAAUAUUGUUUCUGUGGUCAAACUAAUAUGGAAUCAGACCAGACGGACAGAGCAGAUUGUAAAGAAGUUUUAAAUUUGGGACUCUACUUAAGUCUUGCUGACAAACUCUUGCGCUCUCAACAACCAAAAGACUUCACAGCGAAUGAGGAAGAGUUCAAACAAUUAUUGAGAUUGAUAGCUGUAAAGAGAAAGAAAGAAGAUGAAACAUCAGAAAGUUGCUUCAAAAGAUUGGUUAAGCAGAGUAAAAGAUUUGAGAGAGUUUAUCGUGAACGAGGAGUUUUGUCUGAAGAAUGUGAGCACGAGAAGUAUUGGGGUACACGACAACAACUACUCGCUGGUAAAGUGAUUGCAGAUUGGAUUGAUAUUGAGAAAGGUCUACUUGAUCCAAUAUUUGGAGUGUUGAUGAAUCCAACUGCAGGAAGAGUUGGUCCUGGUGAUACUGGCUGGUUUCAUCGUCUGCUUUAUGACGAAACCGGUUAUAUGGCUUACCAUUCCGCUGUGCACGAUGGUUUUGGAUACCUGGAAACCUUUCAUAAAAUUGGUCCUGGAUAUGACUACUUAGGUGCUCAUUGGCUGUCGAAAACUAACUCUAUGGCAGGGCAAAUUUCAGGAAUUUCAUUUUGGAAAAAUAUUAUUGAAGAGGUAGAGAAGAAAAAUGAAGUGAUACGUCGCCUUAAAAUAUAAAAAUACUUAAAGAAAAAUAUUGUUUAAAGCGUGAAUGGUGUAAGCUGUAAAUAUGUCAUUUGACUACAUAUAAUAAAUUGUAAAAAUAAAUGCACAAGAAAUUAAAAUUA